AUGGCUAAUAAGGCUAUUAUCCUUCUGGCUGUGCUCCUUUGCGCCCAGGCCGUCUUUGGAGUUGCUGUCGUCUCCAAAUCGGCAUGGGGCGGCCGCGCGCCCAGGAGCAAGACCACUUUGGGCAACAAUUUAAGCUACGCCGUUAUUCAUCACACCGCAGGAAAUUACUGCAGCACCAGGGCUGCCUGUGCACAGGAGCUGCGCAACAUCCAGAGCUACCAUAUGGACAGCCUGGGCUGGCCCGAUAUUGGCUAUAACUUCCUGAUCGGUGGCGAUGGCGCUGUAUACGAGGGCCGUGGCUGGAACGUUGUCGGUGCACAUGCAACCAACUGGAACUCCAAGUCCAUUGGCAUCUCCUUCCUGGGCAACUAUAACUACAACACUGCCACAUCGGCAAUGAUCAACGCUGCCAAGGGUAUUUUGGCUGAUGCUGUAUCCCGUGGCCAAAUUGUGUCUGGCUACAUUCUCUAUGGCCACCGUCAGGUGAGCGCCACUGAAUGCCCCGGCACAACCCUGUGGAACGAGAUCCGCACCUGGUCCAACUGGAGGGCUUAA